GGUUAAGUGUAUUACCAACUCAAUUGCCUAUAAAUUUUUAUAUAUAGCAUGAAAAUUAAGGUGGAACAGCAAUUGAUAUCAAUAUGGCAGCAGCUUCAGCUGUUGAGGGAGACAAAUAUCGUUCUUAUUUGCAUGGAGAAGAAGAGAAGAACACCAAAUGGAGAUUUGGGGGUCCUCCAAACUAUGAUACUGUUAACAAACUCUUUGAAGAAGGCAGAACUAAGGUAUGGCCUCCUGGUUCGCUAGAAGAGCAGGUGCAGAACCUAGUGAAGACAUGGGAAAUGGAGGUGUUCCACAAGACCUGCUUUGAUGACUACAAAUCAAUCGAUCCCAAAAAGUACACUUCCAGCCUAAACGGAAGGAAACCUGUAACUUUGGAAGAAAAGAGGAAGCUUGGUGGAGGCUACAACACCUUUAUGCAGACCUCCUUACCGGUGAAGUUCCGGGCCUAUGAUCCUGAAAAGGAAACUGUGGAUACAGCUCAUGUGGCUUUUACAACAGCAUUCCCUAGGGGAUUUGCUUUGGAGGUUCUCCAAGUUUAUUCAGGGCCACCGGUGAUUGUGUAUAAGUUCAGGCACUGGGCUUAUAUGGAAGGUCCUUUCAAGGGCCAUGCUCCAACUGGAGAAUUGGUAGAACUUUAUGGGAUGUCAAUUUUUGAGGUGGAUGAACAUAUGAAAAUUGUUAAGGUAGAGUUCUUUAUGAACGGUGGAGAUCUGCUUGGAAGUCUUAUGAAGGGUGCUACCUUGGAUGCCUCAACCAUAGAUGCAGCUUCAAGCUGCCCUUUCUUGAAGGGCACUGGGUAGCUUGAGAACUUCAAUUGAGGCACUCUGAAGAAAAAUGCUUUGCCAACAGAUAUGGAUAGAUAUUAGCUCAUGUACUUUUCAAUGUGGAUUUUAUUAUAUAUGAGUUGCUUGUUUAAUAAAUUUCUGUAUUGGUUUCAGCUGCGUUAGCAGUACUCAUCUGUGGUAAUGAAAUUUUAUUUUCUAAAA